AUGUUACGCUUAAUUAUAUUCUCAUUAUUUUUCUACACUUGCUGUGCUAACAUCUUUCGAAUUCCAAUCACAAGAAGAGAGAGUUUUCGUCAUCGAAGAAUGAGAGAUGGUACUUUUAAAAAGAAUGCGAAAUGGAGAGCUCUGUCAGCGAGCGGGCCAACAGCACAAAUUGUUGAGGAUCACGAUGAUUAUAGUUAUAUGGGAAAUAUCACAAUAGGCAACCCACCACAGUCUUUCGCAGUGGUGCUUGACACAGGAAGUUCAAACUUAUGGAUUCCUGAUAAAUCAGCAUGCUUUGGGGAAUAUAGAGAUCACACUGGGGACUCAGUCAGAUGUAAGUUUCCUACAUUCUCUGCGAACGAUUCGAAAACGUAUGUGGAAGAUGGACGACAUUUCAAAAUUAGUUAUGGAACUGGAUCAGCGGCUGGAACAUUCGGUGUAGAUACCCUAUGUUUUGAAGGAACUGAUUUGUGUAUACAAAAUCAGACGUUUGGUCGAGCUACAUUCAUUCACCCUUAUCUUCUCGAUGUGGGGGUUGAAGGGAUUCUUGGGCUAGCUUUUCAAGAUUUAGCUGUUCUUGAAAUCAAGCCACCUUUCCAGAACGCAGUGGAGAAGAAGUUAGUAGACAAACCAUUGUUCACUGUGUAUUUGGAACAUCAUGAAUCACUUGAAAGUCAUGGAGGAGUUUUCACAUAUGGAGCUAUCGAUACAGAAAAUUGUGAUAAAAAUAUUCAUUGGGAGCCACUAACACAAUCCAAAUACUGGCAAGUGGCUUUGAAAAGAGCAAGAAUAGGAAAUGUAGAGCUUAAGCCAAUGGAUAAACCAAUCUGGCAAGCAAUGUCUGAUACAGGUACUUCUUUUAUAGGACUCCCAGAUUACACCUUAGAAAUGGUCGCAAAGGAAGUUAAUGCCACCUACGAUGAAGAAUAUGAUGCUUUUUUGGUAGAUUGUGCCAAAGCCAGUGAGAUUCCUCCAUUAGAAAUAGAAAUUGGAGAAAAUAUAUAUAAAAUAGAGAAUUACAAUCUCAUUAAAAAAGUGAGUGAUAAGAUUUGCGAGCUUUCUGUCUUCUCUCUAAGCCCGUUUACAUAUGGGAAUGACUGGAUUUUGGGCGAUCCAUUCAUUCGACAGUAUUGUAACAUCCAUGAUGUUGCGAAUAGGCGGCUAGGAUUUGCAGCUUCUAAGCAGAAACCGACGACUACAUAA